AAAUACAAUAUUAUAUCAAUGUUUAAUGAGACACUGUAUUCUGAUCUGAUCCUAUCCCUUCUCGAUCCCUUAUAUAUACAGUCUUCUUCACAUUACAUUUCUUCUUCAGACAGAACUUCACUCUCCACCUACUGUUCUUCUGUUUCUUUCUUGCAUUGCAUAUAUCAAAAGGUUUAAAUAAUUAAGGGUUCUCUUAACUUAUAGAAUAUGAGGGUUGUGUCUCGUUUGGGUGGACUUUUGAUCUUGUCAACUUUGGUUAUCCUUGGUCACGUUCUUGCAAAUGUCGAUAAUGAAGUAGAGAGUGACAAGCUUCUCUUAGGACACCAUCUAGGGUUUGGAGGAGGAUUAGGGCAUGGGAUAUAUAAAAAGGGCUUCAGGCAUAGGUUUGGCAAAGGAUUUGGCGGCGGCGGUGGGUUUGGAGGCGGUGGUGGAUUCGGAGGCGGCGGUGGGCUUGGAGGUGGGGGUGGUUUGGGAGGCGGUGGUGGGCUUGGAGGUGGUGGUGGUUUGGGAGGUGGGGGUGGUCUUGGAGGUGGAGGUGGAUUAGGAGGAGGUGCUGGAGGUGGUCUUGGUGGUGGAGGUGGAUUAGGAGGAGGUGCUGGAGGUGGUCUUGGUGGUGGAGGUGGAUUAGGAGGAGGUGCUGGAGGUGGUCUUGGUGGUGGAGGUGGAUUAGGAGGAGGAGGUGGUUUUGGUGGAGGCGGUGGUGGUGGAGUAGGCGGUGGUGGUGGAGUAGGCGGUGGUGGUGGAGCUGGAGGUGGAUUUGGAGCUGGAGGAGGUGUAGGUGGUGGUUUUGGUGGAGGUGGUGGUGGUGGAUUUGGUGGUGGUGGAGGAGGCCAUUGAAUUAAAUGCCUGCCAUAUGCAUCUAGCUAGUUUGGCUAAGAAAAAAAAGUAUUUGUUAAUGUUUUAAAAGUUAAUAUUUGAAAGUGUAAGGUUAUGUUCCUUGUAAUGGUAAGAUUCUAAUUAAGACCUCCAUCCUUACAAGUGAAAAAUAAGCAAUUAAUUGUGUAUGUACUUCUAUUAUUGAGCUUGAUUAAUUAGAGUUGUGUGCUAUUUCAUUGUC